AUGAUGUAUGGUGGCCACGCACAUCCCAACGGGAACGCACCUUCCCAUUUCAAGGAUUCUGCUAGAAGUGCUAUCUAUCAACAGUUACAACAAAAAUUAGGUGCAAAUCAACUCAAAAAUAUCUCUGGUAAAGAGAAUAACAUCGAUAUAGCCAGCACACAUUCAUCCGCAGCUUCAGUCAGAUCAGCACCAUCUUUAGCUAAUACUUCACGUGCAUCCCAAGCAUCAUCCAACAAGCACUCCCAUCGAUCCUCAACAAGCUCAGUAUUCUCCAAGCGAUCUGUACGGUCCGCACCAUCCAUAUACUCCAGCAGCACUGCGACCAUUCCCGAGGACUCGGAACCGAUCUCAACGACCGUGGAACAGUUGGUCAACGACAUAGCCUUGCAUGAGAAGUUCUAUCAUCAGAAGUACUUAGAUAGAACUGUACAACAACAACAGCAAUCUCAGUCAUUACAACUUCAAAUGUCACCUAAAUUCCCACUGAUACAACAACCAUUUGGAAUGCGACUGGUGUCCACUCCUCACCUGCCUCGAUCUGGAGCUUCAACUCCUAUUAACGAAGAAUUCGAUGAAGACGAGUUCUACAAGAUUUCUCUUGGUUCAGCCUUACAAUUUCAAAAUGCUCCUGAAUCAUUGGUUGAUUGGAACUUGAACGUUACGAGAUGUAAACUUAUGCUCAACCAACUUCCUAUGAUACUGUCGAUACCCGACUUCUCAUAUGCCCAAAACUCCCUCCCACAGUUGAUUGGGGAUUUGGCACAAUUGUGUCAGAUUGUGCUUAUACAGCCACACAUUUCUGACAAAGAGUUCAUUCAUAUCCUUUACAAUUCAAGUUUAUACUCCGAGCACAACUUGGAUGUUGCAUUCAAGAAGUCUGUGGCCGAGAUUAGUGUAAAGCAAUCUCGUCUCCUACAAAUCAAUGAACCCAGGGCAUCUUCGUCCAACAUGUUGAGUCCCAUUCUUGCACCUCAUAAUCUGGCGACUCUCAAGUUUAAAUAUAAGGAAAUAGCUGUGAGGAAUUACUUGAUAAAUCUUGCAGCAGCUGCCACCACUGCUCAUGAAUACAAGGUGAAGGUGGACGAUAUCAAACGUCAAUUAAAAUUGGAAAACCGUAAAGCAAAAUUGUCCAAAGAUGAGAAGCAGUCUAUUUGGGAAAUGGUUAGACUGGACGUUUUCAAACGAGCAGGCUUGGAAGAGAACUGA